AUGGAAGAAGAAGAACAUCCUUGUAAUAAUGCCAUCGAAGAUGACCUUGAGAGUUUAGAGGAAACAGGAGAAACCGACAAUGGCAUUCCGAAUGGAGAAACGACUGGGAUGGAAGAUGCGAUUUUAGAUCCUCCUAAAAUCGGCCAGAUAUUUAAUGACUUCGAAGAAGCUUACAACUUCUACAAUGAUUAUGCAAGGGCUUGGGGAUUCUCUGUUAGGCUCUCAAAGAAAGUUCGGAACAGCCAGGGAGAGGUACCUACUAGAGUUUUCGUUUGUUCUGCUGGGGACAUAGAGCCCCCAUGUAGCUAA